GCAAGAUGGCGCUGCUCAAAGAGAGUGUGCUGCAUCGCUGGGGAGCUGAGUGGUUGGGGGCCGUGGCCGCCGCCACCCGGAGAGCUAUCAGUUUUAAUCUAGAAGAAAAGACAGCUCAUACCAGCCUCGCAAUCUUCAAGGGGGAGACCGGUGUUAAGUAUGGCAUGGUAGGGCUGGAGCCCACCAAAGUGGCCCUCAAUCAGGAACGCUUUAAGGAGUGGGCUGUGGUGCUGGGUAACACCGCAGUCACCAGUGGUCGGCACUAUUGGGAGGUAACAGUCAAGAAAUCUCAGCAUUUCCGAAUAGGUGUGGCGGAUUUGGACAUACCUCGGGAUUGCUGCAUUGGUGCAAAUGAUCAUUCCUGGGUGUUCACCUAUGCUCACCGGAAGUGGCAUGCCAUGCUGGCCAAUGAGAGUGCCCCAAUAACAGGCAUUGGCCAGCCUGAGAAAGUGGGACUGCUUCUGGACUAUGAGGCACAAAGACUCAGCCUGGUGGACGCAAGCCAGACUGCUGUAGUAUACACCUUAAGGACAGAGUUCCGAGGCCCAGUGGUGCCUGCCUUUGCCCUUUGGGAUGGAGAGCUGCUGACCCACUCAGGGCUUGAUGUGCCUGAAGGAAUCUAGGGUGGCUUAACUAGAACCUCUCACUGAAGCCCCUGGGUGGGCCCUUUUAUAUGUCCAGCCCAGUUUAUUCUAGUUCUCAUACCUACUCAUCCAGCAGUAUCGGGCAGUUGUGCAAUAUCUUGAAUUCAUCUGCCAUUCUUUCUUCUAUUCCCUAUGGAGGUUGAAGAGACAGCUCCCAAUUCUGCCAGACACAUAUGUGUCCGAUUUUGUUGGGGACCAGUUUGGUUAUAGAGAAUGAUACGUGCGCCUCCCACUGGGCCACUAGCCAGUCUUAGAUUUUACCCAUUCUGAAAGUUUACCCCUGCACCUCUGCUUUAACUUCAUUACUAUAAUUCUACUUGAAACAUAAACCAAGGUGACCCUCUCCCACUCUGCCCAUAUUUGGAGUCUAGUGGUUUUCUGUUUGGGGGUUCUACCAAACUUCUCC